AUGGCUGCUGAAGAGACCCUGAUCAAGAUUGUUCAUUGGGUGUUUCGAAAGAGUGCUCAUUUCGAACAAUCCCGGAUUCGUUGGGCGGCGGAUUUGUCCCACUUUGGCUACACUUCCGCCGGCUUGAAAGCGGGUCUUUCGUAUCAUGCCGAGACAUCAAGUGAUGUUGAGUUGGAUUCAAUGAAUCAAUUUUUGUAA